AUUAUACAAUAUUUAUAUUAAAUGGUAUUACCUACAUAGUAGUUUUAUAAAUCAGCGAGAAAGAUCUUUAAAAAAAAAAGUAUCAAUAACCUCGGCCCUACCCCUUGUGUCUGCCCUGGAGGCAAACCUCGGUAAAAUUUGUUCAUAACAACGAAGGGCAUACCUAAUUCGAAUGACGUCGGCCAACUUAUAAAUUUAUACCUUCACAAAUGCGCAUAAUAUAUAUGUACCUACGACGUAUUAUUGAAUGCCAUGUCACCCUCGUCUAUUUUUUUGUUUUCCUCUAACACACUCUCACCCCCAAACCAGGUAAAAGGAUUCUCGACAAUCUACGAUUCAGUUCUUUCGUCGCUCAGAAUACUGAUGAGGGACUUCGACUACAAGACGCUUCAAGACGCGGACGCUUGGUUCACUACGUUUUUCUUCGUAUUUUUCACGUGCGUGAUGAUAUUUGUUCUCUUGACGAUGCUAGUGGCGAUCGUGUUUCACGCGUAUUUUGACGUGGACGUCGAACAAUCGUUGGGGGACCGGCAAUCGUACGUGAGCGACAAGGUGUCGGCGUUCGUGGACCGCGUGCUCGCCUGGAUGGGUUUUGACAAAUGGGCGGGGCGACGUCGAACCGACCGGCUGAAUAACGAACUGGAUCGCCGCGUUACCUAUCAGGACGUUUACAAGAUACUGAAACGCUGCCGUUUUACAAACUCUGAAGUGGAAAAGAUUCUCGACAAAUACGGAAUCGAACCGCAAAAGACGGUACACGAAGACGAAGCCAGGCAGAUGUUCCGGGACGUGCUGCAAAACGCACCCGGAUCGAGUAAAGAUGACGAAAACUCAACUUCCAAUGAAUCAGAUAUCAAAUGGUUGAUCAAGAGAGUAGAUCUACUUGAAAAUGCAUUGGAUGAUGUUCAUAAGAAAUGCGAUAUCGUCAUAGCACGUCUCGAUGCGAUACGAGUUCAAUUACCACCGAAUUAUGCAGAACAAAAUCUGCAAAAUAACCCAGCUUCUUCUUAA